ACAAACCUGAAGCUCUGGGGCCAUCAUGGCGCACAACCGUGCAGUCAUUUGUGAGAUGUGCGGAGGGAAGGUAAAGAAACAGCACCAAACACGGACUCGGUCUCUCGCAAUUCCACCCUGUUAGUCUCCCUCUGCUGUCUUGUUGUGUGCGUUCCAGUUCUUCCCCAAGAGCUUGCCUUUCCACCAGAAGAGCUGCGCCAAGAAGUCUGCCCUCGUGGAGCUGCCCUGUCCACACUGCGACCUCCCUGUCCCCAAGUAGGCGAGCAACAGCUUGAUCCAGUGUGUGUGCGCCCUCUCGUCGCAUCGAACUGCAUCUGACUCCUUCUCUGCCUGCCUGCCUGCCUGCCUGCCCAUGUGCGUCAGGUCGGAGCUGAACGCCCACAUUGCCAAAUGCCCCAAAGCGCCCAAGAUGCCCAAGCCGAAGGGCGGGGCCAAGGGUGCCGGACGUGGUGCGGAGCCCCAGCUGGAGGAGAUCGGACUGGCACCCAAUGCCGACGGGCUGAUUCCCUGCCAAGUCUGCGGCCGCACCUUCCUGCCCGACCGGAUUGCAAAGCACCAGGGGAUCUGCCGGAAAGUCGGAGCCAAGAAACGCAAGUGAGCUGUUUGUUUGUUUGUGGGCCGUGUCUCCCUCUCCUCUCCUUUGCGCCAUCGUCAUUUUUGCCAUCCAUUGUGUCCGUCUGCCCUGCAGGAAGUUUGACGACUUCAAGCAGCGCAAGGUCGACGGUAUGAUGCACAGGGUCAACCCGGCGAAGGAGCCACACGACUCGGGGGUCUCAUCAAAAUGGCGAGAGGAAAGUGAACAGUUCCGCGCGGCGAUGAAGGCGGCACGGGAAGCCGCUGCGGGUCUACCACCGUCCAGCCCGCCACCUCAGCCUCAGCGUGCGAAUCCUCGAGCGGGAGGGCGGCCGAUGGGUGUGACCGGCAGAGGCAUGGCGGAGCCACGCAAAGCAGCAGCACCGAAGCCCUCACCGGCACCCCCACCGAACGUCCGUGCUGUGACGCCUCCUCCCGCAUCACGCGCAAACGCGCAGCGGAGCCCGGCAGUGGAGCGGGGCCGCACUCCGCCGCCAUCGACGGGGCGUCAGUCGCAGCCCAUCCGUGCGAACAAGCAAGACCCCAGCCUCUCACUGGGACCACCUGCAGGCAAGCAGCCCAUAAGCAAAUCGACACCGACCACUCCCCCAGCAGCAGCCAGACGCACACGCACGCCGCCACGGACGCCGCCGCCCAUUCAGCGAGGGCCCCCCAGAUUUGGCGGCGGGCCUAGCCCGGGGCGAGGUGUGGGUCCGGAGAUGAUGGGCACUGGGGGGCGGGUGGGGUUUGGUGGCGGCGGUGGGGGGUUCGACACAGGCUGUCAUACCAGCCUGGACAAUCCUCUUGCUACGGUAUACACGUGUAGCGUGUCAAGAAAGACGCUCGAGGCGUGUUGUCUCUCACUUUUCGUCAUGUCUCUCUGCAGCAUCCCCUGCAGGUCGUUCCUCACAAAGAGCUCGGCCCUGUCCCGCAGAUGGAGCGAAUCGUCAUGGGCAGUGGGCGUGCGGGGCCGCCGAGCGGUGGCGGUGGCUUGCUGACGACCAACGAGACAUCAUGUGACAAUCCCAUGUUCCUGGGCUACACUGGCUACCCCGACAAAUCGUCAGGGAGAGGGGGAGGGGGAGGGGGAGGGGCCGGGGGCGGGCUGCCUAACUUUGGCUACGCUCGUGGUGGCGGUCGUGUGGGCCCGCCGGAGGGAGGCUUUGACACGGGCAACCAGGUAGGUGUGCAUCACUGAACACAUGUCUCCGGCUGUCUCUCUGUCUGUCACAUGUCUCCAGACAUCGAUGGACAACCCGCUGAUGACCAAUAUGUACCAGGCAGCGGCACACCCGACUGUCUCGGCGGUCAAUCGGAGAGGGCAGGGGGGCGGGGGUGGCAUGGGAGGCGGGGGCGGGUUUGGGGGAGGUGGCUUGGACACCGGCAACCAGGUCAGCACUUGCACUACAGCACAGUGACCGAAUGAAUGCGUUGGGGUGUGUGUGUGUGUCUCCAGACGUCGAUGGACAACCCCCUGAUGACCAACAUGUAUCAGGCGGCGCCACACCCGCCGCCAUCGGCAGCCAACAGAAGAAAGUGAUGGCGUCCAUUAAGAGAUGCAAUUUUUUUGACAUGGGAGGGACUUCUCUUCAGCUUUUCACUGUAUUGAUUGUAUUGCACUGUACGUAUUGAUGAUGCCGAGGGAUAACAACAACGAUGUGCGCAGAUGAGAAAUCCAUUCAGGGAAGGGACGUUUGCAAGUGAAGUGGGAUGGAUGGAUGGGGAUGGAUGGAUGGAUGGGCCGUUGUUCUUGUGUGACGGAUACAGACAGAGAGAUCCGGGGACUAAAUAUGGCAUUGAGGAACACCAUCGACUGCCGGUCUGGCUGUCUGGCCAUCCAUCCAUCCAUCCAUCCAUCGAUGCGUGUCGAAAAUUGACACUAUCAUGCC